UAUGCCUCACGAUUUUAUUACGGUACGACCUUCAUUAUAUUGUAUCUUACAUUUUUUGCAGUAACUCUCUUUACAAGUUGAGCUUAUUCAACAGAAGCAUUUUAGUAUGAAUUUGAUCGUAUUCGAAAUAGGUUUUACUAAGUAUUAACCAUAUGAAUAUACAGGUGCAUGGCUAAUUGCGGUGAUUUAAUAUUAAUUGCCCUGUGCUGCCAAAUUUUUGGAAUAACCAUUCCUUAUUUAAUAGCCCUUUAUCAGAAUACAUUUAGCCCACCUCUUCCAUUCAUUAGUCAAGCUGUUGCCAGCAGCUCCGUAUCUGGAGUAUUUACUUGCUUAAUGCUUUUGAGUUGUUUCCCUGGUUCCUUGCUUAGUUUAGCUUUGUACGAAGUUCAUAUUAAAGAAGAAAACAAGUUCAAGAAAUUUGUCUCAAUUGUAUCAUCGUGUUCUUGUUUAAGUUACUUUUUAAGUUAUAUUUUGAUAUGUGCCUAUCCUUUUAAGAUUACGCAGCAUUCAAACAAGUACGAAUGGGUGUUUGCAAUACUAAUAGGACACAUGUCUGGAGCGCUAUUGGCUUUAAGUAGUUGCAUUAUUUUCGUCAUAUCUCAAGCUAUACUUUAUUGGGAUGUAAAAGGAUCUAAAAAAACACUUCUAAAUCGCCAGAGCCUAGCAUUCUUUGUUUUACCAACAUGCUUGUUAGGGGUAUCUGCACUUAUUACAGUAGGCAUAGAAGAACUCUGUAACAAUGAUGGCCGACAUAUGGAAGAUAUUAAUUAUCAAUUGCCUACAAAGUUCAGCACUGCGUAUGUAAUAACCACUGUUUGUGAAUGGAUAUUGUUAAUAUGUAUGUGGUGUUCUCUAGUGUUGCUGUAUGAAGAAAUGAAUGAAAAGGACAUUAGUAUUCUAGUCAAAAGUAAAUCUAAUGUUAAAAGAAAAACGCUUGUUAAAUAAGUAGUCUAUAAGUAAAUUUUGUUUAAGAUUUUAUAUUGUAAAAAUUUUAAUUGUUUAAGCCUUUUAAUAAAAUGUAAAUAUUA